AUGCUGGGAGACAAGGCUCACGGUGUGACUUUGAAGGUUAUGGAAUACACUUAUGAUGACGAUCUGGAAGAGUUGUGUCCUGUGUGUGGAGACAAGGUGUCCGGGUAUCACUACGGGCUGCUCACCUGUGAAAGCUGCAAGGGAUUUUUCAAAAGGACAGUGCAAAACAACAAGAGAUACACGUGUGCUGAAAAUCAGGAGUGUAAAAUCGACAAGACUCAGAGAAAGCGAUGUCCUUUCUGUCGCUUUCAAAAAUGUCUCAACGUCGGGAUGCGACUAGAAGCGGUGCGUGCAGAUCGCAUGCGUGGGGGGAGGAAUAAAUUCGGGCCCAUGUACAAGAGGGACAGGGCCUUGAAGCAACAGAAAAAGGCUUUGAUACGAUCCAAUGGCUUCAAAUUGGAGAGCGCAGCCCCUCCGUCCGCUUCUCCGCUCCACGCUGACUACGGCUUCGGCGGAACCCUGAACAGCAUGCCAGUCAUCCCCAAAAACAUCCUCCCGUCCACCCCAUGCUCUAUCACCCCCACAGACUACGAGGCGAACCUUUAUGCCCCGCCGGCCCUGGGCAUGCAGUCCCAAGUGGCCCUGAGCGGCCAGUACCAAUACACAGCCUUCCCCAGCAGGGUCAUCAAAGCAGAGUGCCCCGACUACACCAGCUCUCCCGAGUCUCUAACAGGAUACGCCUACCCUGAAAUAUACCCCUCGGCCUCACCGCAGCCCCCCAGCCUGCCGCCGCUUGUGUUGGAGAUGCUGCGAUGUGACCCGGACGAGCUGGUGGUCCAGAAUAAAAUCGUUACUCAUCUGCAGCAAGAGCAGGGCAGCCGAGGCCGCUUGGAGAAGCCCAGCGCCCUCAGCCUCAUGUGUCGCAUGGCUGACCAGACCCUCUUCUCCAUCGUGGAGUGGGCUCGCAGCUGCAUCUUUUUCAAGGAGCUCAGGGUGGAAGAUCAAAUGAAGCUGCUUCACAACUGCUGGUCUGACCUUUUGGUCUUGGAUCACAUUUUCAGACAAGUUCAACAUGGAAAGGGAGACAGUAUCCUGCUGGUGACUGGCCAGGAGAUUGAGCUGUCUUCUGUUCUGUCUCAAGGCGAUGCAACACUGUCAAGUUUGGUCCAAAGAGGGCAGGACCUAGCUGUAAGGUUGAGGGUCCUGCAGGUGGACCGCAGGGAGAUUGCCUGUCUGAAGUUCCUGCUCCUAUUCAACCCCAAUGUAAAGCCGUUGGAGAACCAGGCAUUUGUGGUGCGUGUCCAGGAGCAGGUGAAUGAAGCUCUACUGGAGUACACCCUGUCCACCUACCCACAAUUCCAGGAGAAGUUCAGCCAGUUGGUGAUGCGACUGCCAGAGCUUCGCUCCCUCAGCACACAGGCUGAGGACUACUUGUGGUACAUGCAUCUUAGUGGAGAGGUGUCCUGCCACAACCUGCUGAUUGAGAUGCUUAACGCCAAGCGAGCGUGCGUGUGA